UGUCGCACGAGGCGGCUGGUCGCAGGUCUGGUACCGUGUCGGGAUUAGAGUUCUAGAAACUUCAAGUAUAAUUUCGAAUUUGCUACCACGAUCUCAAAGUCUAGGUACCUCACAUUCAGUCGCAAUUUAUCCGUCUUGCUGCGAGCGUUGGGAAAAUCUAGGAAAAGUGGACAUUUCUCGAGUUUAAGGUGAAAAUGGUGAAGGAGACUGGAUUCUACGAUAUCCUGUGCGUCAAGCCAGGGGCCAGCGCCGAUGAGCUCAAGAAGGCUUACAGAAAACUUGCCUUGAAGUACCACCCAGACAAGAACCCUGAUGAAGGCGACAAAUUCAAACAAAUUUCCCAAGCCUACGAUGUUCUUUCAAACCCGGAAAAGCGUCGGAUCUAUGAUGAAGGUGGCGAGCAGGCCUUGAAGGAGGGCGGCAGUGGUCCGUCCUCCUCGGCCAUGGACAUUUUUGACAUGUUCUUUGGCGGUGCCUUCGGGGGUGGUGGCGGUCGUGCGCGGGAGAGACGCGGCAAGAACGUGAUCCACCAACUGAGUGUGUCCUUGGAGGAGCUGUACAAGGGUGCUGUGAGGAAGUUGGUGCUGCAGAAGAACGUCAUAUGCGAGAAGUGCGACGGACGCGGCGGCAAAAAGGGCGCCGUCGAGGUAUGCGGCACCUGCAACGGCAAGGGCAUGGAGGUGCACAUCCAGCAGCUGCGACCCGGAAUGGUGCAGCAGAUCCAGUCUGUUUGCCGAGACUGCCAGGGUCAGGGCGAGCGCAUCCCUGCCAAGGACCGUUGCAAGAACUGCGGAGGAAAGAAGGUCGUCAGGGACAGGAAGGUGCUUGAAGUGCACGUUGAUAAGGGCAGAUGUGAUGGAGAGAAAAUUGUGUUCAGCAGGGAAGGUGAUCAAGAGCCCGGACUCGAACCUGGUGACAUCAUCAUUGUUCUUGAUGAAAAAGAGCAUCCGCUUUUCAAGCGAUCUGGAACCGAUCUAAUUCUUCGCAUGGAGCUUGAGCUUGUUGAGGCUCUCUGCGGCUUGAAGAAAAUUGUCAAAACCUUGGACGAUAGAGAACUGGUUGUCUCAACCAUCCCUGGAGAGGUCAUCAAACAUGGCGACAUUAAGUACAUUGACAACGAGGGCAUGCCCCAGUACAAGAAUCCCUUCGAGAAAGGACGUUUGCUCAUUCAAUUCUUCGUUAACUUCCCUACCAAGAUUCCUAUUGAUAAGAUUCCUGGUCUGGAGCAGUGUCUCCCUAUGCCACCUGAGGCCAUAAUUCCCGAUUGCGCUGAAGAAGUCACACUUCAAGACCUUGACCCAAAGGCUGAAGCUUACCGUCGCCAAAGGUCUCAACCAGCGUACGAAGAGGACGAAGACGGUUUUGGAAUGGGUCCUGGGCCGGGCCGGGUGCAGUGUGCAACUCAAUAAUCAACCAUUUAAUUUCCAAAUCGUGGAAAAUAAUUAUUUAUGUCCAUUAGCCCAAUUCUUGCAUUGGAUUCGAUGAGUAAUGGGUAGAAAAUCUGCAGAGCAUUUGAAUUUCGGUUGAAUCUAAAUUAUGAAAAGCUAAAUAUUAUAAAUUGUGUCCUGUGCAUUCCUAUGUGCGUUACAUACAUUAUGUUCUAAUGUACUCACUCUAACAUAUUAUUAUAAUUAAUAUCAAAGAACCAAGAACAAACGGUCUUUGGUUUCUUCUAUUCAGCUGGCUUGCAGUAGAAGGAAUUUUGAGGCUCGUUUUUAAAUGAUUUUGAAUUUGGAUGAUGUGAAAACUAACAAAAUUCUAAAGCUUCGGCUUUAUUUUGCCACUGCUGUGAACAAAAUAAAUUUGUUUAAAUUAUGUGCGCUCCAUACAAA